AUGGAAGAAAGUAACAAAGAAGAGGUAAAAUAAAUGGCUGAAGAAAAUACCAACUCUCAGCAGCUAAUUGACGAUACUUAUGCUACAAUCGUAAAGGAGUACAAGACAUCAAAGAUGCUACCUUGGAGGGUGUUUGUUGAGACUCCAAGCUUCAUGAAACUAGUUGGCUAGCUUACUAAUGAAGAUAUUAUUGACCUUGCCUGUGGUGAAGGUUUCUAUACCCGAAAAAUGCAAGAGCUCACUACAGGAAAAGUCUUUGGCUUCGACUACUGUGAGAAUUUCAUAAAGAUGGCUAAGUGGUAGCUGAAUGGAAAAGGUCAUAUCGAGUACAUGCAUGUUGACUGUUCUCUUCCAAUAGUUGAUAUUCCAUAGCAAUUCGACUUGGUUACUCCCACUUUCCUUUUAUAAAAUGCUGUGAAUGAGGAAAGAUUCGAGUAGAUGGUGAAAAAUAUUUGGAAUUUAUGCAAACCAGGCGGAAGAGUCUGCGGUUUAAAUGCCAGCCCUUUCCUUACAAGAGAGAAUUUUAAUAAAGCUGCUGACUACUGUGUUACAUUCUCAACGGAUUCAGACUCCUACUUUGAGAAGAAUGCCACUGAGUAUGCUGUUACAUAUACGGACUUGAAUAUUACUCUGGUGCUUUAUUGGUACUCACCAUCUCACUAUGAGAAAACGUUCGAAAAGUUGGGCUUCAAAAACUUUAGAUGGAUAGAGUUGGAGCCAUUUGCGGAUGCAGACAGCUAUGAGUAUUGGAAGACCUUCUCUACAGACAACUUCAUGAUAAUGUAUGAAGCCAUAAAACCUUCUGAUCUAAACUGA